UCUCUCUCUCUCUCUCUCUCUCUCUCUCUCUCACAAAUCUCAUUGCCUAAAAAACCAGAUUCUUCCUUGAAAAUGACAAGCCUAUACAAUUUUCUUCUCUUCAUCUCUCUCAAGCACGUACUCAUCUCAGGUGUUUUAUCAGCUUCAUUCACCAUAACCAACAACUGCACAUACACCGUAUGGCCCGGUGCAUCUACUCAAAGAGGGGAAGCACCCUCACCAACAGGCUUCGUCCUCCAAAGGGGCGAGUCCAAAGCGCUGUCCAUUCCCAACGGCUGGAACGGUAGAUUCUGGGGCCGCACCCAUUGUUCGGUCGACCCUUUGGGCAAUUUCGUCUGCGGGACUGGCGACUGCGGAUCCGGCAAGCUAGAAUGCAACGACAACGCUGCGCGACCUGUAACGCUGGUCGAGUUUGCGCUGAAUGGUUUUGCUGGUCUCGACUUUUAUGACGUCAGCUUGGUGGAUGGGUUCAAUUUGCCUGUUUUGGUGGUCCCGCAGGGUGGUAAUGGUAGCUGCAGGAGCACUGGGUGCGUGGGGGACCUCAACGCGGCAUGCCCCUCGGAGCUGCGUGUGCCGGUAGCGGGUGGGAAUGAGACCAUGGCCUGCAGGAGCGCGUGCCAGACGUUCGGUGGACCGCAGCAUUGCUGCGGGCGUAUUUACGGGACGAACUGCACCACGACUUCGUAUUCGCGGUUCUUCAAAGAAGCGUGCCCGCGGGCGUACAAUAAUCAGUACGACGACACGAAUACCACGUUUACGUGCCCCUCCACGGCGUACGUUAUCACCUUCUGCCCUACCAUUGGAAGGUACGUGCGUUCAUCAAAUGGCGGGCAUCGUAAUGCAUCCAAAGAGCUACCACUCGUAAACAACACCAUGGUCUCCGUGGACGGUGAUGAGGCCAGCCACGCCUUGCCGCGGUUCCAGCAUGGCCAGCUCCUUGCCCUUGCCAUAGCAGUUUUGGGCGCAUCAUGGCCGUUGCCGCUGUUCUAACUCCUUGUUAGUUUAAGAAACUUGUACAUGUAAUACAUUAGGCUGUGGCCCACCAUUUUGGCGGACGUGAUAAGGCCUGAUUGUUGGUACAUGUGCAUACAUAUGUGUACAAUAUAUGGCCUUAGAUAGUCACUGAUUUUUGAUCGACGGCUCGAAAUUACUGCAUGAGAUAAAGAUACAAUUAAGAUGGUCUGAAAGGAAAUCGUCAAGAAUGAUAUCUGGAAAAUCUGAAGUAAAAAUAGUAUUCAUCCCUAUUUUUGGAGAAA